AUGGUUGGAAACAAUAAUGAUUUUCGAAUUCCACAAAAUGGAAGUCUCUUCGUAGAAUUCGUCGACAGCAUGGAUCAGUAUAAUUAUGCCAUGGCUAAUCCAUUACCACAAAAUGUCUUGGAUCUCAAUUACAUGAAUGUCGCUCCACCAAAUCAACUCUACGAUAAUCAACAAGCUUACGGAGGACAACAAGGUGCAUUUGGCCCAAUGCGCUUCGGCCCAUCAUAUACGAUUAUUGGCCCACAUCCGCCGGAGAUUCCACCUGGUGCCGGCGUUUAUGAUCCUAACUUAGUUGUUCCUGGCGUACCUGGCUUUGGUAUGGGCAUGGGGCUUUUCUGA